CGCCGCUCCCUCCCACUCUGCCCACUAAGCUGCUGAAUCACAGACUGAGCAAUAUGAUUCCGGCAGUAGAGCAGAGAGCAAGCUUCCACACGCCGGCUGCCACCAGCGACUUCAGGUAUGAAGACCUGCUCAAGCACCCAAGCAGAAUUAGACAGACAACGAGGACUCGUUUAGUAGUACUCAGGAAUUUGACGAUCCCGACAAAGCCAUGGACUCCGAAGAAUGAUUGUCAGCAUUCGACAUCACCACUCUUCAACUCUCUGGAGUAUAGACUCAAUGAGAUUAACAGUGUAUAGAAGGCUCACCCACCCUGGAAAACUGAUAACAAUUAGGAAACUAAAUGCAGAAAAAAUCGGAUCGGAUUGAACUGGACCAGAAGACGUCCUCCGAGAAGGAGAUCAAACCCAAUGCACAAUUCACAAGAGGAGGAAUCUCGAGCAGACCCAGCGGGGGAAACACGGGAGCCAAAGUCUGAGCGAGCGCACAGCACCGGAUAAACUACUCGUCCGUUUCGUAAUAGACUCUACUUGAGAACCGCAAGUCCACUGAUUAGCUGGACCAUGAAGACCAGCAGAGCUAUCAAAUACACGCUGUUCGCGUUCUGCUACUUCUUCUGGGUGGCCAGUGCGUUGCUCAUUGCUGUAGGAAUCUACGCAAAAUUGGCCAAAGAGGGAGGUAUCGUGGACCUGCUGACCACUGACCCUGCCCUGAUGCUUAUAGUCAUUGGUUCCUUAAUGUUUGUCAUCACCUUUUUUGGCUGCCUAGGAGCACUGAGGGACACCUCAAUUUUACUGAAAAUCUUUGCUGGCAUAAUGGCGGUUGUGCUUAUCCUGCAAAUAACAGCUGCCGUGCUUGGCUUUAUAUUCAGUGAUUUGGUGAUGGAAAGGUCUGAAGCUUUAGUGAAAAGAGGAAUUUCAACUUACAGAAAUGAUUUGGACUUGGACAAUCUCAUAGAUUUCAUCCAGAAAAAGUUCCAGUGUUGUGGGAGUAAGUCAUUAAGGGACUGGUCUGCAAAUGUGUACUUCCACUGUGACACCUCAAAUCCAAGCCUGGAGCGCUGUGGGGUCCCCUUCUCCUGCUGCAUUCCUGAAAAAGAGGAGACAGUGAUCAACACAAUGUGUGGCUAUGGAGUUCAGAGUCAAAGGGAUUGGGACCUGAUCGAUAAGAUCUACGUAGAAGGCUGCUUAGACAAAGUGGUGGUGUGGGGACGGCAGAACCUGCUGGCACUUGGUGGGAUCACCCUGGGUUUGUUUGUUCUGGAAAUUUUCAUGAUUGUGCUGGCUUCUGUCCAGAUCUCUCAGCUUACUUUGAUAUCAAAUGAGAAAAAAAGGAAAAGCCUCAGGUAUACCUCCCGAUAGGUGACAGUCCCUUUCAAGGAUCUAUCAAGACUGGAUCAUUAAGGGAUGCCAUGACAGCACCGGCACCAGAGACCCUGUGAAUGUAUUAUUCCAGAAGGAGAAAAGAAUUUUAAUGUGAGACUUUCAAUUAUUGUUUGGAUAAAUGGAAUUUGUGGUGACAGCAGUGGGAUUUUAGAUGGCAUCAAGGGGGCGGGGUUAUUUAUUUAGCUCCACCUCAGUCUCUUAAGGGUCAAUCACAGCUAGGGUUAAAUGUACAGGGAGGCUACUGGUGCAGAAGACAACUAAACUCCUCUUGUUGAUCUUAAAUUCAAAAAUGGUGACUCAGUAUUAACUGAUGCUAAGUUUAUGGAAGUCAGAUACCAGCCUGGCUCACUGACUAUGUGGGUUUUCUUCUACGUUCCAAUGAUUAUUUUCACCAUAUUCCAGUUUUUUUCAUACAUUGUAGAUGGACAGAUUAGGAUCAGCGACGACUUUGAUUUCACAUACUGAAUGCUCUUGUAUUCUAAAACAGAAUGGUGUCCUAUCCAGGAUUGCAAUUCUGCCUCUUGCUUGAACUUGUCAGGAGAAGUUCUGACUACCUAAGAUGCUGUACUAUGUAAAGAAGCGCAUUCAGAAAAGCAUCAGCCAUUCAACACUUUUUGGUAGAAGUGAGUAUAAUCACUUUUCAGGUAUCUGGAGUACGAGGAGAAAUGUUUUACAUUAACAAAGUUUUACUUAAAGUGUAGACAUUUUAGAAUUCAGCAAGAUUGAGGCAAUUAUUUGUCCAGGCAGAUAUAACAAAAGACGUGUACUUAACUAAUGGUUAUAUAUUGAUUAACCUGAGUGCCAUAAGAUGUCCAAGAAUUAUAAAUACUCAUGGAGUUUAAUACUGUCUCAGUUCAGCCUAAAACAUCCAUUGGUAAAAUAAAGGAACCUUCAAAUCUU